UCAUAGUAGAUAAGAAUGUUGCGUGAACCAAAGGUGUUAUUGUUCCUCUUCGGGGCAUUCUGGAGUACCUUCGCUGCUGAUGCGCUUGGAGACUGGUGGAAAGAUACCUUUAUCUAUCAAAUUUAUCCACGAAGUUUUAAGGACAGCAACGGUGAUGGGGUUGGAGAUUUGAACGGUAUAACCAGUAAAUUAGAGCACUUGGUUGAUAUUGGUGUGAGCACGGCCUGGUUAUCUCCAAUAUUCGUGAGUCCCAUGGUCGAUUUUGGGUAUGACAUUGCGAAUUUCACAGAUAUUGAUCCCAUAUUCGGAACACUGAAGGAUUUUGAAAGGCUUACAGCGAAGGCAAAGACACUAGGGUUGAAGGUAGUCCUAGAUUUUGUCCCGAACCACAGCUCAGAUAAGCAUCCUUCGUUUCAAAAAAGCAUUCAGAGGAUUAAACCUUAUGAUGAAUAUUACGUUUGGAAGGAUGGCAAGAUCGUUAAUGGCACUAGACAACCGCCCAACAAUUGGCUGAGCGGCUUCCAAGGAUCCGCUUGGGAAUGGAAUGCUCAACGAGGCCAGUACUAUCUCCAUCAAUUUGCUGUUGGCCAACCAGAUCUCAACUAUAGAAGUGCUGCACUGAGGAAAGAGAUGGAGAACGUCUUGGCAUUUUGGAUUGCCCGUGGAGCUGAUGGCUUUCGGAUCGACGCUAUAGCUCUUCUCUUCGAAGACGAGGGACUUCGAGAUGAGCCUGUGAUUCCGAAUACAGGAUUACCCCCCACCGAUUCAGGUAAUCUCGAGCAUAUUUACACUCGGGAUCUGCCGGAGGUUUACGAAGUUUUGAAGUCUUGGAGGAAGUCAGUUGACGUGCUCGGAGGUGACAAGAAGAUUCUGUUGACGGAGGCUUACACAACCAUCCCAUUAGCGAUGAAGUAUUAUGAGUCCGGGGGUAUUCCCAUGAAUUUCGUGUUUAUAACGAAUUUGACAGGGUCGUCAAAAAACAGGGAUUUUAAAAGGAACAUUGAUCGCUGGUUGAGUAGCAUGCCUCGCGGUAGUUAUGCUGCUAAUUGGGUCGUUGGGAAUCACGAUAAUCAUCGCGCAGCGUCCAGAUUCGGACGAAACCGAGCCGAUCAGCUUUCAAUGCUCGCUGGCGUUUUACCCGGUGUGGGAAUCAUCUACAAUGGUGAUGAAAUUGGCAUGGAGGAUACGUCAUUAACUUGGGAUCAAACGGUCGAUCCCGCCGGCUGCAACGCCGGUCCCAACAAAUAUUCACAGUAUUCACGAGACCCCGAGAGAACUCCCUAUCAGUGGGAUAAUACGAUUAGUGCGGGAUUUUCCGAAAGUAAUAGAACUUGGCUACCUGUCAAUCCCAACUAUAAAACUUUGAACCUGCUGAGACAGAAAAUGACUGUUACAUCGCACUACGCUGUCUUUAAAAAACUGGUUGGCUUGAAGAAGUUACCGGUAAUGAAGACUGGCACGGCUGAAGUUAUCUUGAUGGAGAACAAUAUACUUGGAGUUGUGAGACGACUUCCAGAUGCUUCUCCAGUUGUUCUCCUGAUAAAUUUUUCGGACAUAAAUGUCGUGGUUGACGCGAGCACUUGGUUAAAUGUACCGGAGGAGUUGAAUGUAUAUGUGGUGAGCGUUGGGGUGGAUAUUGCGGCUGGAACGCGGGUCAAUGCUACGGCUUUCAAAAUCCCACCGGCGGCAUCCGUUAUCUUGGUGUAAUCACGGAGAAGGAAAUUUCUAAUUUUAGGAACGUCUUUUAGUUGCAGAAUUAAGACAAUUUGACAACCUGGAUCUACUGGGAUUGAGAAACUUUUCUCGUCAAUAUUGUGAUUGAAAAAACAUUUUGAAAAGUUCUGUCAUUGAAAGUAACAGGUUAUUGCAUUAACUAUUUUUUUCCAUCACUUUUUAGGAUAAAUAUUUAAUCAAGCUUUGUUUCAUCUCUUGGGAAGAACAGAAUUUUUUGACAACUAAUUGUUCCUCUCCCGGUAAACUCAGAUUUCCAAUGUCGGAAACAAGGCUGAUGAAAGGACAGGCUUUAUCAUUUAUCUGAUGAGUUGAAUCAACAAUAAAUCAAGAGAGUGGGCUAACGAUUA